AUGAAUAAACUACGCGUUUUACAAUCUCUGGUACGAAUGAUGCACACUACAAAUAACGUGAUAAUAACAGAAAAAAUCAACCAUGUUACCACUAUAGGAAUAAACAGGCCGGACAAACGAAAUUGCAUCGAUUUUCGCACUGCCAAAUCCUUAAAAAUAGCCAUAGAGGAAUUCGAACGAGACGACAAUGCAUAUGCAGCAGUUAUACAUGGUACAGGUGGGAAUUUUUGCUCGGGGUUCGAUUUAAACGAGCUAGCCGAUUUGGAAAGAGAUCCUAGUUCGUACGAUUCGUUACAAAACGGACUGUUAGGUUUGCCGAAUUACGUAAAAAAACCAACGGUCGCCGCCAUUAAUGGUUACGCGGUAGCAGGAGGAUUAGAAUUGGCUUUGUUGUGCGAUUUGAGAGUUGUGGAGGAUACGGCUGUGUUGGGAUUGUACGAACGGAGAUUUGGUAUACCAAUAUCAGAUGGAGCCACUGUUAGAUUACAAGCUAUGAUAGGAUUAUCUAGGGCUUUAGAUAUGAUUCUGACUGGUAGAUCGUUGAAUGCUAACGAGGCGUUUGAAUGGGGUUUAGCAAAUAGGAUUGUAGCGUGCGGAACGGCGUUAGGACAAGCUAUAAAUCUGGCAACUUCGCUGGUUAAAUUUCCGCAGGAUUGCUUGAAUAUCGACAGGCGAUCGACCUACAACGCGGCUUAUAAUAAAAUUUUCGACGAUUUAAUCAAAGAGGAACGGUCUAAUUCGAAAAACGUUUCGAUUGCUCAUAUAAUAGAAGGUGCUAAGAAAUUCAUCGCUGGUCUGGGGAGGCAUGGGAAAAGCUACCAUUUAACCGAAAAGGAUAUCUGUGAUUGGGAGAAAGAAUUUCGAUUGGCUAGUGAAAAUAAUCCCAAAAGUAAAUUGUAG